AUGGACGCCAUGUAUUUUCUGUUACUCCUCCCCGAUUUUCUUCUUGUUUACAAUGACAUCCAUACGGUGCAACCUGCAGGGCACCAUCUAAGAAGAAAGCUGCUGUGUGAAAUGCAUGUGCAAGCCAAUAAGGAAUUAGAGAGCGUUGCACGAGGCCAUAAUAAUUGA